AAGCGAAAGCGUAUCCUCAUUGGCUGGUCUCCGGCAUUGUCUGCGUCUGCGUGUAAAUUUGAAAAUUUCGCCAACUGGAAAGAGAGGGAGGCAGCAGGAUUAACUCGCUAACUAGAAAAUAAAGAAAACAUCGCCAGAGAGUCAUGGGACGACCAAAGAGGACGACCAAACAACGUAAAAACCCCAAGUUGGACAAAUUGGAGGCUUUUCUCGAAGAUUUCGACAGUGAGGUUAAAACCGUAGUUGAAAGGCUGAAGGAGAAGACAAACAGCCUCCUGAAAGAUGCAGACAACUUCUACAACAUGGCUGUGAUCAAGCUGCCGAAGGCAGUGAGACAGAUGAACUGGCUUGAGCAUUGUGGGUCAGAGAAACCAAAGUCACCCGUGUCACCAGUGGAGGAUGCCAAGAAAGUAGAGGAGGCUGCCCAAGUGGAGAGUGUUAUGGCUGAAGUCCAUACUAUUCCCCCCAAGACUGUUAAAAAAGCAAAGUUGAAAAGGGGUGGAGCCAGGACAAGUUCAGAGGAUGAGGAGAACACUUUUACGGCCACAGGGAAGAAGGGUAAAUCAACUAGGAAACCUCCAACGUCAAAGAGAGCCAAAGCACUGUCAGUCAGCAAGCGGAACUCGUCCAUCAGAAAGUCCAGUAGGAAGCCACUAGUCACUCCUUCCAGGAACAUGUUGGACAGUUCCCUCAUGGGCACUACUCCUCUCAUCACACCACGCUUUGACUCCAGGCUUCCCAAGACCCCAGCGGUGAGGAUACCCCGCCACAAGGAGAGGGUUUACAGUAUCUCGGUCAACGGCUCCCCCAUCUCAGGAGGCGGUAAUGAUAUCGUCAUCAAUGUCCCUGUGGGGAAUGGAGAGUGCAUUCAGCUGCUGGCCAGUCAGAUGGACACGGUGGACCUGGGACAGCUGGAUGAGACAGCCAUGAGGAGCAUCCGUCUGCUUCAGAACCGCCUCACAACACUGUGUGAAUCCUCCGAAUGACCUCUUCAGUGUCUUUUUUUGUUUGUUUUUGUACAAGAACCCCCCCCCCCAAAAAAAAAUUCUCUGUAUAUUUCUCUUUUAAUACAUAGUUGUUAAUAGCUGUCAAGUCUGCUUUUGUGUAGUUAUCUUAGCGCUCUUUAUUGUUAUGGUUUAAAUGUUUUAAAAUGGAUGCCAAGCACGUGGGACUAUACUUGGAACAGGCUAUUUUUCAGGGAUGCAGUCUUCCAUAUAAAAUACAUUUAAAAUGAGCAACAUUAAUAAACCCUAACUACACUUCCCCUCGAAUAGUCUAACUUGUUUGAAAGUUACUUGCGUGCCCUGUGAGUGAAAGAAGGAUAUGCUGCAUGCCUUCGUCUCAUCAAUAACACUGUCUGCCCUCUUGUGGUUGAGGUUUGCCAGUUCAACUUGUACUGUACAGUGUGGAUGAGGAAAUAAGAGGUCCAUGCAUUUUAGAAUUAUUCAGUGAAAUUUUACAAUACUUUGUUUUAAUGUAAAUAUGCCAUUUUGUUCACUUUUCUCAAAGUGAACUCUUUCAACUCUCUGGUGAAUGUCUUUUAUUUGUGUGGUGGAAGUUGGGGAACCACUGCUUGCUGUUGUUUGGGGUGGUUGUUUGUAGCCUAGAUGAAGAUCCGGGGGUAGUACUGGUAAUACAGUACAGAAAUACAACCACCUUUUCAUGUUUUCCCAUUGUCAUCGUCGCUGUAAUCACAGACAACUAGACAAUACUGUUUGCCUGCUUAGAUUCCCUGAGACCACCUGCUCAUUUGCGUUUCUGGAGGGUGCGUUAUUCAUGAAGACUCCAGGCAAAUCAAGUUCCCUUGGAAUUCAAUUUGUCGCUAAGUAUCAGUUUGACAGGAUUACGUAAAACGAGAUGCAUUGCAUUUUGAUGUUUAAAGUGUACAUUAGACAAUGAGCUACAGCUUCAGAUGUUUCCAUUAACUCUAGCUGUCAUACUGGUCACAGCAGAAGGAGCCCUUCCAAGGCAUAACAAAAAUAUGGGCUUGUAGAAGCUUGAUUAAAACGUUGGGGUCAAGUGUGUGGGGUGCCAGACUGCUUAAAUAAAUAAACUCUCUUAUACCACCAUAGCAGGGAUUCAAUCUGCCGUGUUAUCAAACUCGCUGCACUUAUUUUAAUGGUAAUUUAGUUGGGGGGGAAAAAAUCAGAGGAAGAUGUUCAAGAAACAACUCCAGUUCUUUGUAGAAUGCAAAACUAAAUGUAUGGGAACCAUUAAAUUAAGUUACUCUGUGCGGAGUUGAAACGUAGAUGGGUGACAAUCCAAAACAUCCAGAUACCCUCUUGUACAAAAAAAUAAAGACAAAGCAGUAGUAGAUAAAUUGCUAAAUUAAUGCUUAACUAACUAGAAAGUUCCAGGGAAAGUUAUUUAUGUGGCUUUUGGCAAAACAAUUACCCAUAUUGCACCACCCCCUUGUUAGGUUUUAGAUUUGGUAUUUGUUGUUUAAAUGCAUGAAGUAGGCACUUCAAGACAUUGCAUACAGAACAUAUGUGAGUAAUACACAAUUCCACCACGAAGGGGCAGUGUCAUACUGCUAUAUGAGCCCUUUCUAAAACAGCAGCUUCGUGUUCUGUAGUUUCAAGCCCAGCCAUAACUCCCUCCUGUCAAUCAAACAAAUACCCUCUAUCCCGAACACCAAAAGGUAAAAUGAUCCAUGUCAGUUUAACAUUAUUCUCCACGGCUGUUUUGCUGAGUGGGAUUGAGCACAAAAACAGUCGGAUGGCCCUUCUUUAAAUCUCCUAUCUGUCAGGAUGAGACACAGAUCACCCGUUGAUGAGGAAGUACAUUUGAUGGUAAAAAAAGAGAGGAUGGGUGGGUCUUGGCAUUGGGAGAGAUGAAACAUGGUGACAAAGGCAUGGCGAUAAUGACUGAGAUGAGUGUACUGGGGAAAAUAACACGAUAGAAAGAACUACUACACAAGCAUAGAUCCAAGGUGAAGAUUGUCUGACUGCAGUCAGGCUGAUACAAACAGAGCGAGAACUAAUAAAAAGGAGCGGGAGGGGAGCUCCCAGCCACAUGGCGGUCACUCAGUUUCAUCUGAGCUCAAUGGAAAGCUGUGAUUUAAGCAGGACUGAACUUGUGCACCUCUCAGUGGAUGGAGAGAGAGGGGGGAAUUGGUGAUAAUGGAGUCUCUUCCAUCAGGAAGAGUGAGUGAAUGAGGGAUUUAUGAUUAUAUCAAGGCCAGAUCCGAGCAUUACAGGCCAUUAUGACUGUUAUAUGCUGCACCUGUGCUAAAGAGCGCGAGAAAGACGUAAAAGGAAUAAAGAGCGUGUUCUAAGAGUAAGUGAAGUUCUUGCUCUUACACAGUAGGAUUGUUCAGCCUUUUUUCCUUCAUUUUAACCCUAUACCCAUUCUCUAGCUUUCCCUCUUCUUUACUUACACACACACACACUCCCUAGUGAGCGUGUACACUUUCUCACCUAGAAUAGCCCCGUUGUCCCUUAGCUCACUGUACACACAUGCACACUCCCAGGUCCCCUCACUGUCCCCUGUUUAUUUAUGCCCCAGUCACAAUACAGGGAUUAAUUUCUCAAAGCCGAUUUGAGCUCCGGCACGCUUCCUUUCAACCAAAGAGCUGGAGCAACUUUAGCACUGGGGGAAGUUUCCCCUUCACACUGGCUUAGAGGUGGACUCUUUCAUCUUCUGAGGGAGGCGAGAGAGAGCGGCCCUUACCGAUGCACAGCUGGGAGUCACUUCAAGUCUUUACGUCGCUUCCUCUUCUCUCCUUUUUUUGUUCACUCGGUCUUUCUUUCAAUCUCUCUGUGGUUCUUUCCUCUUUUAUUUUGUUUCUCUCUCCUAACUUGACUUGUCCUGGCCAAUCAGUGCAUGGGGUUUGAGGUUGAGGAGGAGCCAUUUUAUUAAACUUGAUUACUUACGGGCCUGUACUGUGUGCAAGCUUUUGAUGUAGUCAAGGUAUUCGAGGUAUUCAAUGAUCAUGAAGCAGGUGUUAGCGCUGGGCUGGAAUAAAAGCUUGCAUGAACAAGAAUAUCUUACUGUUCCUCCAUAUUCAAAAUCAAAUGAAAGUUUAUUGGUCGUGUACACAGUUUAGAUGUUACAGCGGAUGCAGGGAAAUGCUUGUGUUACUAGAGCUUAACAGUGCAGUAACAUGUCAAACAAGUACACAAAUAUAAAAAUGAAACAAGAAAUGUCAAUUAAUCCAAUUAACAACCCCCCCAAAACAGUGUCAGUAAUCCAAAUGCAAUCUGUGUAUAUACACUGAAAAUAUAUCCUAAGAAUGAUACAGUACGUACAACAGUAGAUGGAGUAUCUUAGCUAUGACAAGAAUCCAGUAUGUACAUGUAGAUAUGCGGUGUGUACAGUGGCCACCUGUCAUUUUGAGGCCCACCUUUUUUAGCAAAAAAUAAACGGGGGGGUUGCCUUUUCCAUGUUAUUUUUGACAUUAAUACGUGUCAUAUAUCAGUGUACAAACAAUGUAAAAAAAUUAAU